UUCUCGUUGGCCCGAGAUUUUCUACAUGCCUCAAAACACGACAGCAACAGCGACAAUCGCGAUCUUACAGGAACUAUUUGCCAGAUACGGAAUACCAAUUCACUGCGUUAGCGAUAACGGGCCGCAGUUUCGCAGUGAAGAAUUUGCUCAUUUCCUAAAAGUGAACGGUGUGAAACACGUACGGGUAGCACCUUAUCACGCAGCGAGCAAUGGGUUAGCGGAGCGUAUGGUGCAAUCGUUCAAGAACCACCUAAAGGCUUGCAAGGGCAGCAAACUUUCCAUUCAGCAACGUAUUGCGAACUUCCUCUUAUCCUAUCGGUCAUCAAGACACCCCACGACUGGCAGAACACCCACUAGCCUGUUCCUGGGUCGCGAACUACGAACGCGGCUAACUCUUCUCCGCCCAAACUUAGAAGAGAAGGUCAUGGAUUCCCAAGCAAAGCAGAAGGCCACGCACGACGAACAUGCCAAGUUCAGAGAAUUUUACCCCGGGGACAGAGUUUCAGUGAAAGACCUCAGAAAAGAGGACACCUGGUGGCAAGGUUCGAUAGCUGAGCGAAGUGGACCCAAGUCGUACAUAAUAGUAUUAAAUGACGGCAGAGUGUGGAAACGUCACGUCGAUCACGUGAGACGGGACGGCAUGGGCAGGUCGGCAUCAGAACCAGGUGGAGAGAGAGAGUAUCAGGACCAGUCCUUGGAGGUUCCAUGGGCUAUUCCGGUCAGGUCGGAUAUUUCCGGACAACCCCAGGUACCACCUGAUGCCCAAGAAGGUGUAUCAGCUGAAACAGAUUCAGCUCAGGAUCAAAAGCAGGACGUAACACCGGCAGUAACAGCGGAGGCACCAGCGACGGCUCCUCCCCAGUCCGUGGAAGCGGCCCCCACCCCGUUUCGCCGAUCUUCCAGGGGGCGAAGAGCUCCGGAUAGACUAAUAGAAUCUAUCUGA